UUAUUACCAAGUACCAAGAAAACACACAAGCAUAAUUACAACUCUUACCGUUAAUAAACAAAGUUUUUGAUAAUUAUCGUCAUUACACAAUAGAAUCUCAGUGGCAUUUGUGUAAAUUUCUGCUUAAAUUAUCGGACAAACUAAAGAAAAAAACGGAAAAAGGGGAGAAAAAAAAUACUAUCGCACAGCAGAGAAGCUGGGAGAGAAUGAAAGCUUGCUCUAGAGGAAACCGGCAAGUCUCAAAAGGCCAGUUGUUCUGACACAAGUUCGUUCUUUCUUUAUUUAUCUGGUCUAUGGGAGGAGAAUUCUUUUAAGAAUUAGGGUUUUUUGCAACUUCUUCCAUUUCCUCUCUCCGAUCUAAUUGUUGUUGCUUAUCGAUCAAUUCACCAAAUGCUGUAGAUCCGAGUAUUUGAAUCUGCAUUUUCCGCGUAAUAGACUAAUAGUUGAGAGCUUGGAUUAUUUCUGCUAGAAAUACAGUCGAAAUUCGGGAUCUUAAUUAAUCGUACAGGACGAGAUGGAGAAUAUGUUCAAUGAUCUUUGACUUCGGCAGCGGUAAGUCGACGAGACCGCCGGUGCUUUCAGGAAGAAAAACCGUUGUCGAGCUAUCUCUAGACACGCUCUCAGUCAGUAUUUCUGGUUUUUCUGGGUUUCAGAAGAAUUGUGAGAUAAUGCGCCUGCAUUUACGGUUUUACAUUAUGGAGUUUCAAGGUUUCGAGUCUAUGUGCAAGCAACUGCUGCUGUUUUCUUUUUCUUCACUAAAUUGGAUUGCAAUUUGACGUUUAAGAGGUUGUUGAAUUUAGAUAUAGUAGGGUUUGUCUUCACGCUGUGAGGCGGUAUUGGGAUCUCUGCGGGCGAAAUUCUAGGGUUUUCUCAAUGCGGAGCUAGCAGGAGCUAGGGUUUUGUUACAGCAACGAAGGUACGUAAUUAUUUGCUCCUUAGAGCUUACUAUCCGGCAUUAUUGUUCUGCGGCUUCUGCCUUUCCAACCCAAGCAAGAGGGAAGUUUCGUAUCGUUAUUUUCCCACCGAGACUCAGGCUUUGGUUCCAUUUGACAAAAUGGAACCUUGCGAUCCUUGAGAGAAAAAAGAGAAACGCAUUGAGUUCAUUUUGCCAACCAUGCUUGCAAGGAAGUACGCUAUUUUGCGGUUGGAUGUUUUUAAUUGGUGGACUGUACGAGGAUACUAUCGAGGUCACUCAAAGAGGAAUUAAUAAUUAGGAAAUUUCCGAACGGAUUUGAUCCUAAUCCGUGCUUUUAUCAUCUAUUCUACUUUAUCUGUAAGAAGGGUUGUGCUCUAAGCUAAGACGAAUUUGAGCAGGAUGUGCAUGAACCGGGAUUUGAUAUUUUGUAUUAUGGAAAAGUCAGAUUGGAGCAUUUCUGUCUAAGUUUGGGUGGUGAAAAUGCCUCCUUCUCCAGCAUUGAGAUUCUCUCCUGGAAGGGAGCUCAGAGCAGAGACUCACAAGCGAGGACGCAGCUUUGAGAGCGGAUUAUUUCUGAGGGAAAAGGAUGACGACCUUGCUCUGUUCACUGAGAUGCAAGCCAGAGAAAGGGACAAUUUUUUGCUUCAGUCAUCUGAUGAUCUUGAUGAAUCCUUGUCAACAAAAUUGAGAUCCUUCUCAGAUUUCAAGCUAGGAAUCUCAAUUCCAGCUCUAGGAGAGAGCAGUGACCUCCUUAAUGCAGAUGGUGAUAAAAAUGACUAUGACUGGCUAUUAACUCCUCCAGAUACUCCUCUUUUUCCUUCAUUGGAUGAUGAGACUCCUCCACCAGUUAAUCUUGCCUCGAGGGGCAGACCACGAAGUCAGCCCAUUACCAUAUCAAGAUCAACCACGAUGGAGAAGAGUUACAAGAGCAAUAGAAGUAGUGCAAGCCCUAAUCGGUUAAGCCCAUCACCUCGGUCUGGAAGUGGCACAUUUCAGUCAAGAGGAAGGCCUUCUUCAGCUCCUCAUUCUAGUCCAACUCCUCUUCUACGGCCAACUACACCAUCGCAAAGACCAUCCACUCCCCCAAAUAAGCCAUCAACGGCUGCUCCAAGGUCUUCAACUCCCACUCCUCGGAGGUCUUCUACUCCUACUCCCGGGAGGAUGAGCACAGGAUCAAGUGGUAAUAUGGUUUCAUCCGGGAGAAGGGGAACCUCCCCUGUAAAGUCUAGUCGUGGGAGUUCUGUCUCACCAAAACUACGGGCGUGGCAAUCAAAUAUGCCAGGUUUCUCCACGGAUGCACCUCCAAAUCUUCGAACUUCUCUAGCCGACCGGCCAGCAUCAUAUGUGAGAGGAUCUUCUCCAGCAUCUAGGAAUGGGAGGGAUGGAUCGUUGAAGCUUGGAAGGCAAUCAAUGUCACCAACAGCUUCAAGAAGUAUAAGUUCAUCACAUAGUCAUGAUCGGGAUAGACUCAGCUCGCAGAGUAAGGGUUCUGUGGCAUCAUCUGGUGAUGAUGAUAUAGACUCUCUGCACUCUGUCCCUCUGAGUAUCUCUGACCACUCAACUGUUAAGAAGGUUGGAACCUUUCCAAGUAGCAGAGCUCUGGCAUUUUCAAAUAAGCCUGCCAGAACAGUUUCCUCGAGUUCUGUGCCAAAAAGAUCAUUUGAUUCUGCACUUCGGCAAAUGGAUCAUCGGAAAAGUCCUCAAAAUAUGUUCAGGCCACUCUUAUCCAGUGUUCCCAGUACCACUUUCUAUAUUGGGAAAUCAAACACUGCAAGUCGACCUAUGAUCUCUAGAAACUCUUCGGUUACAACUAGUAGUAAUGCAAGCUCUGAACGAGGUGCAAGUAUUGUACAUGAUACUGAGGGUAGUGACCAUGAGCAGGAUGAGAUGACAAGUGAAUGUGAAAAAUCCCCGUAUCCUGAUGGCCAAGAUGAAGUAUUUAUCUUUGAUAAGGUGGAUGAGGUAAAAGAAGAUGUUGAACAUGGGACCCAUGAUGGAAGAAUUGUUGAUUUUGAUAGAGGUACUUCUAUUGGAGUUGAGUCAGGUGAAUCUGAAACUUUUAGCAGUCUUAAUGCUGAUAUUGCAGUUGCCCCAACUGUUUCUGGACCUUUUUAUGCAGAAAUUGACCCCACAAAAGUUUAUUUUGAAGAAAAUUUGGUAUCAUGUUCUAUCUGUGGAAACAAAUUUCACUGCAUUGAGCCUAUGGAGGUGAAAGAUGAUCAUUGUCCAGAUUGCCGUGAGAGGGCUAUAUCUCUCACUCUGGCUGUUACAGAGAGCACAAAAUUUGUGUCUCAGAACAGCACAGUUCACUCUGAGAUGAAUUUGGAAGAAAAUAAUUUCUUAAAUGAAGUUAGGUCUAAGAUGGAAGUAUCUGAAUUGCCAGAAAGUCCUAGCAGGAGAGAAGCCAUGGCUGUUCAGAGUGAAAAGAAUGUUGUGCAAGAUGAGAGUUGCAAUAUUUAUCAAUCUCAAAGUUUAUUGCAAGGUAAUUCUCUUCCAGGAUCAGUUGUGGAGGAAGGGAAGCAGCAUUCUGUGGAUCAGGAAGUGGUUGGUCAGACAACAGGUGCUUUCAGUCAAUCUAACAAUGACACUGCAGACCAGCAAUUGCAGCAUUUUAAUAAUCAUCUAGAAAUGGUUGGCCAGACAACAGUUGGUUUCAACCAAUCUAACAGUGACAUUGCAGACCAGCAAUUGCAGCACCCUAAUAACCAUCCAAGCUUAAAAUUUGAUGUUUCAGAAGGUGCAGGUAUCUCUGUACUUUUGAAAAGCUCAAGUAGUAGUAAGUGGCCUGUUGUUCAAGGGAGGACUUUCUCUGCUUCCAGCAUACCUUAUGAUGAUCCCUCAUAUGCAAGGGAGAGUGCCAAUAGUAUGAGAAGCUCAAUUGGGCAUGGAAGUGCUUCAGCAUCUUCAUCUGUUGAUUGGAGUUCUUCCAGACAGACAGAGGCUCGUGUGCAUAGGCAGCUAAGUGGCAGGAAAACUGACUUGGAGAAUUUAAGGCAUGAUUUGAACACAAAAUCUCAAAGCACUGGAUCCUCUUCCUCUGGAAUCUCAAAUCAUGUACAUCAAAUUGUUGCCAAGGGAACAAGUGAAGAAAGUUUUGAUGUGUCUGGUGGAAAUAUGGAAUGGAAGGCUUUGGAGGGGAUGAAACUGGUUGCUAAUGAGGAAUGUAUAGCUUCACAAGUUGCUGAACUGGUUGUUGUGGAUUCAUCUUUUGUCAAACCUGCUGUUUUUGAAGACAUUAUGAUCAAGGGCACAGAGGGUUGCAGAACAGACAAUCCUUCUGUCUCAGAAUUAUCAAGCCAUAGAUUAAGCAUUCAAUUAGAGGACGCUUCAUUAGCAACAUUUCCAACUGAUGAGGACUGUGUUUCAUCUGGGAUUGCUGAGGACUUCCCAAACAAAACAAGGGGUGUCUCAGAGAUAGAUGUACAAGCUCACACUCUAGAAUCCUCCUUCAGAGAGGAAAAUGAUAACAGUGUCUGUGGCUUUGAUGAUCCUGGUCAUGACUCUUCAGUAAGCAUAUCUGGAGAAUUAGAAAACGGCCACGAGUGUACUCCUGGUCCACAAAAUGAUUAUGCCCUCUCCUCAAAUGCAAAGAAUAUCAUGGAUGAAUUCUUGGAGUCCUCAGUUCUUGUAAACCCAGAUGAGGAUAAAUCCAAUAUCUCUGAUCAUGGUCAUGGCAUUCUUGAAGAAUCGACUGUCACAGUGGAGGGCCAAGGAGGACAUAAAACAAGAAGUCUCACAUUGGAAGAAGCAACUGACACCAUACUAUUCUGCAGCUCUAUCGUUCAUGAUCUGGCUUAUCGGGCUGCAACUGUCGCAAUGGAAAAGGAGGACAAAGUUCCUCUAGAGGGUUCCCGCCCAACUGUCACCAUCUUGGGAAAAUCCAGUUCUGGCAGGAAAGAUCCUCGUGGUAGGACUGGUAACAAACGCACACCAAAAUCUCAGAAAGCCAGACAGAGGCGGGUGGAAUCUGACAUUCAGACCCCAUCAGCCAAAGUUGAAAUUGAUGUCAAAGCCCAUGAAUCCUGGGCGCAUGACGCAGGGGCUCCGAACAAGGUUGACAGCACAAAGCCUCCAAAGCUAGAAUCCAAGUGCAACUGUGCAGUGAUGUAAGGGAUUGACCAUCUGUUGCGUGCGGGGAGGUGGGGGGAACUAAGCAACUAUUUCUUCCCCUUCCCCUCUCUCUAAUUUCUAUCCUCGGGCAUAUCCAAGGAUGCUGAGUGUUUGUAUUUUAUAGGUUUUUACGUUUUGCAGGGCAGAUGAUGCCCUAUCAAUUUCAGUUCGUUCCAUUUAUUUGUAAGAAACACCACGUCAUGUUGGUGACAUAAUCUUGUAAAGUUUUUGUUGUCUUUGGGGUGAUAUCACGAGAGGAAUAGAGGUUUGUUUUUUAUCAUA